CGUACAUACUGAUUUCAGUCGGUUCAAAGAAUACCAACAACAACAACAAACGGCGAUGGAGCUGCUGCAGACGAUCCGCGACUUGUGGGGAGUUGAUGAUGAAGGACGCUGGGCAGAUGUGCUGCAGCAACACUUUGUGGAGACGGAGGCUGGGGACGAUCUCAUCUUCUUCGUUCCACGGAACUUGGAACUGUCCGGGAGCAAAGACAAGGAUCAAGCCCAGCUGAAAGUGUACAGGCGCGGUGGAACCCGCCCACUUCCAAAGCGUGGCUGCAGUGAAAUUAACUGGAAGGAAACCGUCUGCCUGAACACGCUGAUGCAAGCAGUGUCCUUUGAGCUGACAACAGCACUGUGCAAGGAAACAGAAGCUCGAACACUUCGGCCUGUCCAGUCGAGUGCAAAGGAGGUGUACGCAUCCCCAAGCUAUCGCAGCAUGGAUGUCAAGGGAAGCGGAGAUGUCAUCACCUACCCUGAUCUCUUCUUCACAGUGGACGACUUUGAUGCGUUCUUCGAGAAGUACAAGGUCCACCCCUCGCAAACAUUCACGCUCGAGCUCACCGCACGCAUCGGCGACUUUGAGACAAUUCUGUUCACGGGAAGCAUCGCCCACUCCACCGCGUCUCCGUCCAACGGUCUCGUUGCAGAGUACAUGUCCCACGCACGCGACCGGCGGAAGGGCGGCGCGUACUCGUGGAUCAGCAGAAACCAGGACGACCUCGUCUUCUUCAACAUCAAGGCCCCAACAGGGGCUGCCGGGUAUGUGGAGAUGGCAAUUGCAGUGGCUGAGGAGGACCAGCAGAAGCUGCGUCGACCAACAUCAUCGUCGUCGUCAUCGUCCCGACGGCCAUCAGGAAAGACGACGACGACAACAACAACAACAGCGACAACGACAACGGCAUCACGGUCUGGGUCUGUAUCGCAGCGCGGCGGCUUCUUUGCGUCCUUGUGGCAAAGCUCAACCGUGAAGCAGCUCACGCAGACGGUGCGCUCUGGGCUUGGGCUUGGGUACGACCGGGAGACCCUUCGUCGUGUGCACUUCAACACAUAUGUGACGUACAUCUCGCUCAAGUGGUCGGAAGUGAUGGAGGCCCUACUUGGUGCACCGCGCGUGCCGCGUCUUGCCCGCUUGCACGAACGCCUUGAGGAGAGAGCACGACAGCGAUCGCUCAAGCAACAACAGCAACGGCAGCAACAUGGUGGUGGUAGUGGGGGUCGGGUGAAGAGCAGCGGAACAGCUGGCAGUCAUGGGACGAGCGAGGCAAGUAAGCGCGGUGGUGAUGGUGGUGGUGGUGGUGAUGGUGGUGGUGGUCAUGAUAAUAAUGAUGUUGCAACCACAACUGCAGUGAAGACGACAACGGCAGCAACAUCCACAGCAGCCAACACGGCGUCCAGGGCGACGGAGCAGGACAGAGAUCGUGCGUACGCAAAGAAGGUGGCGCAGCUCACGCGCUCCUCGUCAUCCACACACUCGGCGCCAGGUCACAAAGACAGUGGUGAAGGUGAUGGUGACGAUGGUGAUGAAGGCAAGCAAGCGGCUUCGUGAUGGUGAUGUUGUGUUUGCGUUGCUGUGUGCGUUGUUGUGGCUGGUUUUCUUAGAGGUUAGCCCCCCCCCCUUGUUACAUUGCUUCUGCUGCUGGAUUGUUCGUUGUUUGACCCCGUUGAUGUUUCGCAAUUUACAACACUUCGUUGACCAUG